AUGUUGUCUGCCAUGCUGAUGGACGCCUACCGUGAUGAACACCCCGGGAUCCGCAUCGCUUACAGGACGGACGGUCACCUCCUAAAUCAACGGCGGAUGCUCUUCCAAUCGCGCGUCUCAACAACCACGGUUCACGAACUUCUCUUCACCGACGACUGCGCCCUGAACACCACCUCGGAAGAGGAUAUGCAAAGUAGCAUGGACCUCUUCUCUGCCGCCUACAAGAACUUCGGUCUGGUUAUCAACACGCAGAAGACGGUGGUCAUGCAUCAAACGCCACCCAACUCAGACACUCCUCCCAACGCGCCGCAAAUCAGCGUGAAUGGAACGCAACUGCAAGCGAUGGACAACUGUCCGUAUCAGGGCAGUACGCUUUCCUGCAGCGCGAAACUAGACGACGAAGUAGUGCGCCGGAUUUUGAAGGCCAUUCAAGCCUUUGGCCGUCUUCAAAUCACAAUUUGGCGUCGUCAAGCUCUUCAGCUCAGCGUGAAACUGAAGACGUACAAGGUCGUCAGCCUCCCGUCACUGCUGUAUGGAGCGGAGACUUGGGCCGUGUACACGAAGCAGACAGGCCGAUUCAACCAAUUCCACCUCAGCUGUCUUCGUCACAUAAUGAAACUGAGGUGGCUGACCUAA